CUGCGAACACCGUCCACAACUUGCACCAGGGCGCAUACAACGCUGUACAUUCCUGGUUGAACCUUGUCUGCCAGACCGCCCGUAUAUAUAGAAAUUACCGAACUCUGUAUAAUUCCCAGGCCGCCUCUUCAAGAUGAAGCUGGUACUCUCAACCUCAAAUAUCAUGUGCUCCAGUCAAGCCAUUGUUCGGCGGCCGUUGUUUUCAAAGUCGAACAUUGAGCUGAUCAAUGCUUUGCGGGCCAAUUUUGCCGUUUCCAAACAUCAUCACUCCCCGAGCGGUGGAAGCCAAGAAGAGCCCGAUUAUCGGCAAUGGACGACGCAGGAAGGUGACACGCUUUAUAUCCCAUCAUGGCGGCCGACUCCGCUCACCGAGCCUCGCGAUUCCUACGAUGUUACCGCGAAACUGUUCUUCUUACCUUCCAUACCGACGGAGCGUCGUUGCAAACACACCCGCGAAGCUAUUGACCUGGUGCUCAAAGAGUUGGGUAUCAAUAACAUUGAUCUAUUGAUUGUGAGUUAUCCGGGCGUCAGCUUUGACGCGGAUGACGAAGAAGGAUCUGCCGAUGAGGAUGAGAGUGCGACUAGCGACGAGUCCCAAGGUCUAGAUGCGCAAGUGAGGACGUGGCGGGUUCUAGAAUCGCUGCAUGAACAGGGCGUCAUAUCGCAGCUUGGACUGUCGGAGUUCAGUUCUGAGCGCCUCAGCAAGUUUUUGCCCGAGGUAAAGGUGCGGCCAACUGUUGACCAAAUAAAUGUCAAGGACUGCUGCGUCGUGCCCAAACCUCUGAUCAUGUAUGCCAAGGAGAAUAACAUAGAGCUUCUCACGCAUGCCGAUUGUACGGAUAUUCUGCCGCCUGGAACGACAAGAGAAUUGCUUGGUCCAGGGAAGGAUGGUGCACACAUCCUCGCUGCGCAUCCCGAUGCUGGGCUGGACGAGCCUGGUUUGAAGGGAGACGUCGAGCCACAAUGGGUGAUCAAAUAUACAGCCGUGGUGAAGAACCGGGGCGUGAUUGAGAACAAGGGAUAUUUCGCCGUUGCACAACUGGGCGACUGCAUUGAGGAGAAGGGCGCGCACACAGCAUAAGCCUCGAUGCAGCACGGACAGAUGACUGGGUUUUGGUUGAGCAUGGCGUUGGCGGUUGACGUUGGAGUUCUUUCACCCGAUCAUGCUUCUCUUUCUGCCUCUCAUCCUGACAUCUUCGAGUCUCUUCAGUACCACGUUCGAACCUUUAUAGCUACCUCUGUAUCCUUCUUGACUUUGUAGCACUUCGGCAUCAAACCAGCCUUCUUGUCUUGGGUGGGUUGAUCCGAAAGCCCGCUCCAAGACAUACAGAUCGACCGCGCGGUCCUCAUCUUGUACUGACUGAGUGGCCAGUCCGAAAUCGAUCAAUACAAUCUCCCCAUCGAAAUUCGGCGGUGCUGCAGGCUUAUCUUGGCCCUUCUCGGUCCCGUCGGUAGUCGUAGGUGAGCCGUUGGG